AUGGAGAUGACUGCUUCUGAGCUUAAACACAUAUCUUCACAGAUGAACUCACUUCUUACCUUAAUAGCUAGCGUAAAGGACAUACAAGAUGAUGUGACCGACAUAAAGGCUGAUAUCGGAGAUCUUAAGCUUAUGAAGCCGGAGGUGGCUGAUAUGAAAACCUCCUUGGAAUUUGUUCAGUGCUCUGUUGAAUCAUUGGAUAGUAGGAACACAUAA